CCGACCCUAGGCGGUCGCAUAUGGCAAAAAAAAUCAACCCUGAAAGGGUUAAAGUUACUCAGUGUUCUUCUAUAUUUUCUUGGCCAACGUCUGACAGAGAAUCUGCCUCUUGCAGGAUUUUAGCAGUCAUUAGCUAAGCAGGACUUUGUAGUGUGGAGAAACAGCUGAGAAGAUUGUGCAGCAAAUGGCGUAGGCUGGUUCUGGAAGAUAGUGUGAAUUUGAUUUUUUUGUUUUCAGCUGAACUGUGCGGUAGGUGAUAUAUGUGUCAUUAAUACUCGAUCUCUUGACCUCAAAUAUAUAUUACUGCCUCUGUCUUUAUAUUGCUUCAUUGUAAUGGGAUGAUCGGGUGGGUUAAAAUACACACAUUGCCGAUAGGUAGUGAACUGUGCAGGUCUUUUAACAAGGCCAUGCCCAAAAACUUGCCUGCUGGAAAACUUUUGGAUGUUAGGCGAUCAUCUCAAGUGCCGUAAAUUUUUUGCAAUAGAGGAGGACAGGAAUGUUAAGCGGAAGACCGAGGAUGGGUAUGAAAAAAGAUUUAAAAAAAAAGAGAAGCUAAAGAUGCAAGUGGAAUGAAAAAAAAAAAAACAGAAGCAGCCUAAAUUAUGAUAUAAAGGACAGAAAUUUCAGAAAAAGGGUAAGAAGUGUUAUAUGCAGUGAUGGGGAGGACAUGGUUCUUUCGUCAGCUGUGUUUAUAUUCCAUGUUUAAAUAAUGGUACUUGUUCUUACUGCUCAUUGGUUCAAGUUGCAAUGUGAGACUUACUUGAUAUAAACCAGAGAGCCUGCCCGAACCAAACAUUCAGCCACUUGCCGGAGCAGUCAGAGGUAGAAACAGAAGAAUGUCAGUUCUACUUCUAUUGUAAACAGAGUGGACCUUCAACGUGUGUGUUGCAGGAUCCCUGCCAAAAGGCUGCAUAAGAUACUAUGUCAGUAACAGAAGUUGCAUCAGCUAUAUGACUGGAACUCUAGUGAACCUCUGUUGCACUUCCAGCAGUGAAGCAUGGUAAUGAGCAAUACUGCCUCUGUGUGGAGUUUCAGUGCAAAUAUUCGAUUCACUGGCCUAGUUGGUUGAGCAUCUAUACCAGGCUACCUUAUUUGUGCAACAUUUGAAUGUCUGAGCUUUUUCACGAAUGCAUCUUGUUUUUUUUUGUUGUCUGAACGUCACUUAUGUAUCUAUUCACUUUUCCAGUUAUUUCUCCAGAUUUUGUUGUGUUGCUGAUUGAAACUGUUAUCUACUAACUAGCUUUUGUCUCUAAGGAUUUGACAUUCUUUGUGCUUUGUUUGAACCUCUAAUUGCUAGUAUGGCAGAGAUUGUGUGCUGCACUGUUAUGUAAUUAGUCAUCUACCAUUUUUUUUUUUCAGGAGCUGCAUGACAUAUGCUGGAGUCCCAAGUUUUAGGAUUACUUUUUUUGAUCACCUUUGCUCAACUUUGUCAUUUUAUAUGUCCAAGUAUGAAUCAGAAAUUGUGUUUAAUUUAUAGAUCUUGGGAUUAAUCAUAGUGCUUGUACACGAUUUCAUGUAUAUAUUUGUAUCUCCAUGUUUGUUUAGUGUAGCUUUUUGUAAUACUAUAGACUUCAGGGUAGUUAAUGAAAAGGUAAUGUAGGAAUGGUAGCCACUGCUAAGUUUUAGUGAUGCAAGUUUUGUGCUGUUGUCAGGUCUCUUCUGGAUUUGUGGUACUACUGUGUAUGUUGGGUGCCUGUGUUUAAUGAAGGUCCCUGUGAGAAGUGCCUUUGCGAAAAGUGAAUCUUGCCCGAAGAUCUGUCACAGAAGGGUAGAUGUGUUACCGUCUAUUGCAGCCAUGUUUGGGGUUGCAGCCACGGUGUGAGUUUGUUCUUCAGUUGUUUACAGCUGAAGAAGAUGGGCAUGAUGCAGCCAUUUCUAAGUGUGGUGCCAUUUGGCAGGAAUCUGAGGCCAAUGGCUGCAGCUUGGACCAGGCCCAAAUGUCACUUGACGCACUUUCGAGGACUUUUGAGCAUGUGCCAGGAGGUAUCCCAAGCAUGUCUCUAGAAUUUGACUCGUAUAUGCAUGGUGCAACAAGAGCCGUCCAGGACCACUGCCCACCCAGGAGGCGGCGGGAGGCUCAAGUGGGCGAUAAAGCGUACAAGUGUCGCACCUGCCCACUCGAAUUCACGCAGAAGGCGCAUCUGAAGAUACACAGGCUUACACACAUAGGAGAACAGCCCUUUAAGUGUGCUUCCUGCCCUUACGUGACGGCUGAUAGAUGCUCCCUGGUGACUCACGUGCGCACACACACAGGCGAGAAGCCUUUCAUGUGCAAGCAAUGCCCAUACACAUGUGCCAGGAAGAGCCACUUGGCAUCGCACAUGCGUACGCACACUGGUGAGAAGCAGCACAAGUGUGCAAUAUGCCCGUACGCAUCUGCCUGGAAGAUAAACUUGACACGCCACAUACACUUGUGCCAUGGCAGAGCGCAGUUGCUGCCACGAGACCAGCUCGGUGAGCAGCAGGCGAAUGUGCAGAGGUGAAGUUCUAUGGCAGUAGGCGUUCAUUUGAGCGCUUCUUGCUGAUGCCAAAACCAAGUCUUAGCAGACUCUGGUCCCUCUCUGCUCGUACUUAAGAGUUAAGGUCUAUAUGCUUUAAGAGGGAGCAGAGUAUCAUGUUUAGGUUUCUGUGCAAUGCUCGUGCUUGCGUUCUUCAAGCAGUCACAUUAUUGAAAAAGCAAACACACACUGCAAGAAAUCGCCCACAAGAGUGUAGCAAACCAUCUUGGCAAUGGUAGCUUCACCACCACUGUGCACCCUAGCACCUUGUUUCGUUGGCCUCUGCACCAACUCCUUCUAAAAUUGGUCUCUUCUUUCAGUCACUGGGAUGUUCUGAUAGGCACUUUUUUUUUUCGCUCACCAUUUUGCUGAUUGGCAUGUGCUGUGAAGGAGUAGUGUGUGUUGUGCUUCAGCGUAUUGUAUGGCAAAGGAUUCUGCAUUAAGUAGUGCAUCAGCUCAUUAAACAGCAUUUGCUGUUAGAAAAUGAUCUGACUACAGUCACUCAAGCUUUAGUCUGCAGUCAGGUGUACUUGACUCUCAGAUGAUGAGGGUCAAGCACAACUUCAACAUCAAGCACAAGCUUGACGUUGCCACUAUUUUUUUCCUUACAAGCAGUACAGCAACUUUGUACUGAUUCUGAGAUGGGCUGUAGUGUGAUCUAUUUGCAUUCUAGUUCAGGAGAAUUAGUGUUUCUGUUCUCCAACAGGUGGAAGUGCGGAAAUAACUGCUAAAGUGGUCUUCAUGCAAUUGCUUAGAAGCAAGGGAACUGAGGGUAUAUUUAUUUCAUCAUAUGACUGGUAUGGAGAGAUUUGCAGCAAUACCUUUUUGCAUUGGUACAUAAAAUUGUAAAUCGUGUCAUGGACGGAAAAGCUAGUAUCUAAGCUUUCUCUUCUAAAUUAAAAAGAAAUGAUUACCUGAGUGCUUAAUUGCUUCUUUGUUUACAUCUGUAUGUGUAAUUAUGUCAAUUUAGGCAUUCUGGGUAAAGCCUCAGCACUUAUGUAAAAUCUGUAGCACUGCAUGGUGAAUGGAUCUCUCUAAAGACAUAGUUGAGGUGCUGUUUCAGUAAAUAUGCAUUCGACUUUUCUUUUUUCUCAAGGAACAUUGUCCAGUAUGACUGUGAUUAAGCUCUGCUUGGGGGCACCAGCCCCACUUACGGGCAGAUGGGUGAAUGAUCCUGAGGUUCAGUAUUGUCAUGGCACAAGAGCCGAUUGUGGUUGAGUGUGGCAUGGACCCAGCACAAUUUGUUGCAUGAGCUCUGCCUAUGUUGUAAUGCUAUGUAUAAGGUCAUUAAAUGUUCAGGGCCUCAAGAUUCUUAGUUAUUUUCAGACAGUGCAUAUAUAUUUAAUGUCAUUAAAAGAUGUGGCAAUGUAGUAAAUUCAGCUAGUCAGUUUUCCAGUGUAAUUUUCAAAAAUGAAUUUCAUUGCCUAGAAAUGGAAGCAAUGUCACCGAUAAGGUUAGUGUUUGUACUCGAAUCAAAGUUCUAGCUAAAUAAAAAAGAUUGUGUCAAAAAGUAUAGCUGCCAACAACUGUCAAAUUCAAAGUAAUUGAAGCAAAAUAGCAUCUGUAAAGUUUGCACAUAGGUUGUCAAAUUAAAAGCUACGACAAUCUUAGAAAAUGAGCGAAGAAACAGUAUGUGUCCAGCAUGAACAGAGCAAGCUUGUAUACAAAAAUUGAUUCCGACCAUUGUUUUCUCGGUACACACAAUAUUGCCGUUUGUGGUCGAUUGGCUGUCAUUAGAUUAGCAGACUUCUUGCUUAUAUGUUGGCAACCUCAACAUGUGCAACUGCAGUUACUGCUUGGUAAAUUGGGUGCUGAUGCUGAAUGUGACGGCUGUAUUCAUGCCCUACAGUGCAUGAAAAACAGAUUCCAUGGAAUUUUGUCAUUUUUGAGCAUGAAGGUAACCCACGGGUCAAAGUUACUAUGCGCACUGAUUGAUAAUCUUGUUAGCUGAAAUACCAAAACUGUAGCAAUAUAUGUUAAAAUGUUUAUUUCAAGAUUUUAAUGUUUUAAUGUGAUAAUUCUGGAUACUGUUUUAUAAAAUGUAAAUAAAACGUUUUCUGUAUAAUGAU